CCGGACGGCUGCUUGUUAUAAACAUGGCCGUUGAGUCCUUCGCAGCAUCAGGUAGUGCGUUUGGCUGAAUUAAUCAGAUAUUCAGGAAGUCACUGAGGCCAACUAUCACUGUAACACGCGGAAAGAAAGUUCGGACACAUCUCACUUUAUUAAAACCGUUUUUUUUUUUUAAAUCUUUGCGUGGGGACAGCAUUUUUUACACUUCGUAUAAUAACGUUACUUAGUGCUAGCCGGCUAACCAAGCUAACACCAACGUCUCAGCGGUAACUUCUGUCAACUUCUCAGCCCGCGAGCGUAAUCUGCGACUUAACCGCUAAUCGUCACGGAGGAGUGCGGCCUCUGGCCCGGGCUGUCUCCAUGAAUAUUUUACACACGGACGUGUUGGAUUUACUCAAUCAGAAGGGUUGACCGUAACUUUACAGAAGGCUUACUUUGGGGUUGCUCGCCUUCCCUCCUUCCCCACUGGCAAUAUACAAGCGCCCGUUUCGGAACAUCGCCGGGGGAGCGGACAUAAGCGAUGUUUUCUGUCAAACCCACGAAACCAACAUUCAGGAGCUAUCUUCCUCCGGUGCAGACUGAUGUGAAAAAAACUAUUGAACCACCUCCUAAAAAGGUGGAACCCAAGUUACUUCAAGGGGAGAUAGUAGUUAACGAGGUGAACUUUGUGAGAAAAUGCCUCAGUGCGGACAGCAGCCAGGAGGGCCUUUGGGGGAAGUUGAUUUGCACCAACUUUAAGGUCUCCUUCAUCCCUACAGAUCCACCUUCUAAACAGAAGUCCCAUUUGUCGCACCUCUUGCUUGGACAACACGACAUCCCCCUCACCUGUCUGGAGCAAGUAGUAACAGUAAAUGAUACAAAGGGGAAGAAGAAAGUGUUGGGAUCAAACCAGAAGCUGAAGUUCAACCCCACAGAGCUCAUCCUCUAUUGCAAAGACUUGCGCAUCAUAAGGUUCUGCUUUCUUGAAGCUGGGCCUGAGGGCGCCAAAAAGGUAUGCCUGGCUAUUGCCCACUAUUCACAUCCAGCUGAUCUUCCACUGUUGUUUGGCUUUGAGUAUCAAGGGCGACGAUACCAUGACUCCAAAGAGCAACAAGUCAAUGAUUCCACCCCUCGAGGUGGGUUACGGACCCCCAUAUUUGACCGUCCAUCAGACUGGGAUCGAGAGAUCAAGAGAACAGGGGCAUCGGAGUGGAGAGUGUGCUCCAUCAACGAGAAUUAUUCCAUCUCAUCAAGUCUUCCAGAGCACAUUGUGGUGCCAGUUUCUCUGGCCGAUCAGGAUCUUAAGCAGAACUCCAUAUACUUCAUGAAUCAGCGCAUCCCUGUCUGGUGCUGGAAUCACCCAAAUGGAAGUGCUCUUGUGCGGAUGGGCAGCAUAGUUGAUCCGCUGCAGCAGAGGAGGAUUGAUCAGAGGUUCAUCCCAGCCAUCACAAAAAGCCACCCACAGCGCAGUGAAGUCAGCAGGUCAGAUCUAGACAAGUGUCUGCCUAACAUCCAGGACCUCCAAAGUGCCUUUAUUAAACUCCGGCACAUUUGUGUCAUAGAUCCCUUCGAGGAGUCAGAGGAGAGAUGGCUCUCGUCUAUUGAAAACACACGAUGGCUGGAGUAUGUCAGGGCUUUCCUGAAACACUCGGCUGAGAUGGUGUACCUCCUGGAUGGAAAGAACACUUCAGUCAUUCUUCAAGAAGAGGAAGACCGAGACUUGAACUGUGUGGUGUCCUCCUUGGUGCAGCUCAUGUUGGACCCUCAUUUCCGCAGCCUCGUUGGCUUUCAGAGUUUAGUACAGAAGGAGUGGGUGAUGGCUGGCCAUCGCUUCUUGGAUAGAUGCAACCACUUGAAGAAGAAUGACAAAGACGAGUCCCCGCUGUUCAUGCUGUUCCUGGACUGCGUGUGGCAAAUGAUGAACCAGUACCCAGCAGCCUUUGAGUUCACAGAGACCUAUCUGACUGUACUGAGUGAUAGCAUGUGGAUCCCACUCUUCAGUACUUUCCUCUUCAAUUCUCCCAAACAGCGUGCUCAGUACUUGAUGGACUUUGCCAAGAAUAAAGCAAUCCCUCAAGGAGAAGACCAGCUGGUGUACUUCCCUCCUGUUUGGGACUGGUCUCAGCAGUACUCCACCGCAGACCAAACCCUUUUUAACAACCCCAUGUUCGUGGGCAAAGGAGCCGCCUGCGUUCAGAAUGGGGAAGUGAAAACCUUCAGACGCCUAAAGAAAACCUACAGUGCCACAGUGCGAGUAACGCCUGCGUCUCUGCGCAAUGGUCAGAAGGGUGGAGAGGAUUCAUUGGCCCGACGGGGCUCGUGGUUGUCGGAGCUGAAGCCUGAUUUCUCACUAGUGAAAGACGAAAGCCCGUCGGAGCGUUUCUUCAGAGACUGGUUCUCUCGACCUGCUGACCAGCAGAGCCUCCUGAUCCCCCUGCUCAUACCCUCACACCUGGCUCUCUGGAAGCUUUACUUUCUGCGCUGGGUUCCUGAAGCCUGCAUUUCCAAAGGAGGCCCCAUCACAGCAUACCACAAGCUCUCCCAACUGGUCGACGAAAUUGAGAUUCUACAGGGCCACCUGAGGCAGUACAAGGGACCCAGUCCCGGCAGCACGCCACUCCGCGGCUCAAGUGGCCAAAGGAGGAUGUAUUUUAAGGCCAGCUCUCCACAUGACCCCUCUUCACCUCCAGACUACCUUACUUCCUCCUUUCCUUUCACCCCAAAGGGAAACCUGUGUCGCCGUAGCACCUAUGGGACCCCCAUUAGCAAAUUUCUGAACGGGGCACGGAUCUGGCUCUCUACGGAGGCGCUUGAUAACGACCCUCUCUGAAGACGUAGGGCUUUAAGUCUGUCUUUUCUCUGAGCUCAGCACAGAUCUGUGUGAUAGUUAACCAUCUUACUUUCUAAUGGUCUCUUUCUUAAAUGAAAAAAUAUAUAAUGAGAAAUAGGAAAAAAUAACAAGUUUGGACUUCUGAUUUUGUAAUUAUUUAUAAGCUAAAAUUUGCACCAUUGAUGAUGCAUUGAAAUAUUGAGGAAAUUUCUAAAUCGACGGGUCUUUAGGACUGGAUUAUCAUUACAGUUUCAAAUUCAGAUGAAAACAAAUCCUUCUAAUUUGUCCGUGAGUUACUGCGAGGUCUCAUCUGACUAUUGGAGACCAUUAUAACUAUGGCAUUUUCUUAUAAUGGAUCUAUUUUUUGGUCUUCUUUAGAUUUGGUCUAUCGAGAUUUAGCAAAAAAAAACUGCUGUCUUUUAUCGGUGUACUGGAUCACACACACACAAAGAGGGCUUUUGAAGACUAACAGUUGAGACGUUUCUUUCCUUGGUAUUCAAUAAACAUUUUAAAGCAAUAAUGAAAAUCUAACUAAGUGUGUGUGUGUGUAGCACUGCCAUCAGUUCAGUUGCCCCUUUGUUGAAUCUCCAUUGGUCAGUAAAACUUCCCCACUGUAGAAAAGGGUAAUCCAAAUUAUUAUGGUGUGAAUUAGAAAAUGCUUGUAGCAACAAUGAUAUUAAAAGUAUUCAAACUAUGUCCUAGCUUCCAGGAAAUGUAAUUAACAAUAUAGUGUUUGAAAAAUGUUUUUAUUUUGUAAAGAGGAACCAAAAAUAACACUGCUAACAAGUGUUUUAAUGUGGUGUGGCUUAGCUAUCCUCCCCCAACCUGAGCUUGGGGGUCCGCCAUCUCUGCUGUGUGUGCUCAGCUUUGCCACAGUGGUAAAAAAUCAAAGCGGAUCUGGCCUGGUUGAAUGUAAUUUUUUUUGUUCAGAAACUCAAUGCUAUUUUCUUCAAGUACCCAUAUUUGAAUGGAUGUGUUGAGGUUUUACUGUAAGCAGCAAAUCGUGUCAUUUUAGGGUCUAGUUUUGUACAUUUACUCUAUUUUUGAAGUAGAGAAAUAGGCCUUUAUUUUUUUGUAUCAUGAAGCAGAUUGAUACUAGAAGUGGAGCUGUGAGGACUUCAAUCUGUGGUAGAUAAUUCCUCUUUUUGAUGGGGUUUUAUUCAACUUUUAUUAGGCCUUCUGGUAAGGCAUGAAGGAGAACUGUUUAAAUUUAAAGUAACUGAAUGGGUUAAACAUAAAAAGCAAAGGGACCGACGAGGGCUGUGACUCAAACCAGUUUGUAGUGUUGAAUUUCAGAAACCAAAGUUACGUCUCCGGUGAACCAAACGGCGAUGGUCAAUGACUGACACAGUUUCCACGCAGCGCAUGAGAAAAUAUGAGCAACAAUUUUCUGGGCAUCAAGUGUCACGAAUACGAUAAUAAUUAUGUUUUGUCAAAUCAUCUUGUUUGUUCCAUAAAUAUAAUACACAGAGGGACAAUGUAGAAGAAAACAAGCAGCAAAGUUACUGUACUUUGUGUGCUGCAAAGACUUUGUCAUUUGGAGACCUUUUAAUUAUGUAAUUACUUUUGUAACUUUCUUACUUUUGACAAUAGCAUCUAUCACUGUAAUAUUCUCAUGUCAACUAACACAUCCUCAUAUCCAAGUCCUUUGUUAUUUACGAUAGAAGACCAUUGGACGGACUCAUCUGAUCGACCAGUUUCCAUCUAAUGAUAUUCAGAUAAACUCACGAUUCUCUGGCAAUAACUAGUGUUUUUUGAUAAUGUGUGUGAGUGCAGAACCUGCUCCUCCCAAAUGCUUUUAAUUGCACAUUUUACUCAUUAUGUAGGAUAGUUUGUUUUUAUGGUGGUUGUUAAAUAUAAUCUAGGCAAAUAUUCUGAAUACUGUAUAUGCUUGAAAAUGUCCAAUUCCUAUUUUUGAAUAAUGGUACUAAAUAACCAUAAUCCUUUAGUCAUUAUAUUGUCUGGAGAUAUAUUUAUAUGCUGUGUUUUUCCUCUAAUUCUAAAUUUUGCACUGUGCUUAAUUGCAUGAUGACCGUGCUUCCACUGUGGCACAGUUUGAUAUUGAUGAGCAGCAGAUGUAUUUAUUCAGUUAUGCAAAUGUUCUCUAAGAGGGCUUAAUGUGCUACUGUAUGUCCUCUGUGCCUUUUUUGGGGAAAAUUGACCAUUUUGUAACUAUCCUACAUCUGACUGGUUAGUUUUCUAAAACUGGAUUUAUCUAUCAUGUACAUGGCGUUCAAUUGAGUGGUAUAGCAUUGAAGCUGUUUUUCCUGAUAGAAAGUUUGUCUUAAUAACAAAUCAAAACGUUAUUUUUCAAAUUA